UAUGCGAUUUUGUUACUCUGGUGUUUUCAUUGUUUUACUAAACCCCGGACAUCCAUUAUGUCUGCUGUCUCGGUCUCCGAAAUGCAGGCACGCAGGAAGCAGAGUCAUGAGGGCCACAAGCGGAAGCCUUCGCCGAUUGUCUCCGUUGGGGAUGUCAUCAAACGUCGCUAUCGUGUACAGAAGAUACUAGGAGAGGGUAGCUAUGGGCAAGUUUUUGAGUGUUUUGACUUGUACACAAACUCACUGACAGCAGUCAAAGCAUUAAAACCACAGGAUGAUUACAGAGACGUAGCUAAGCACGAAGUGAAUGUCCUAGAUAACGUUUCCAAGUUGGACUCAAAGAACGCUUCCCACUGUAUAUCUUCCCUUGACUUUUUCGAUUGGCACAGUUAUUUUUUCCUCGUUUUCCCACUUUUGGGCCCCAGUGUGUUCUCUUUCCUGGAACAGAAUAAUUACCACCCUUAUCCCGCUGAACACGCCGCAGCAAUAACCCGUCAAUUGUGUGAAGCAGUAGAGUUUCUGCACCGCAUUGGUCUCACCCAUACCGACCUAAAGCCCGAAAACGUUUUGUUUGUUGAUGGUUCGUUCGAUGAGCUCCUUGAUAGCAAGCGUAACCGAAGGUAUCGCCGAGUGCGCAACCCAGCAAUCAAACUAAUUGAUUUCGGCUCCGCUACGUACGACGAAGACCACCACCCGACUACGAUACAGACUCGGCAUUAUCGCGCUCCAGAAGUGGUUCUUGAGCUCGGUUGGGAUCAUGCUGCCGAUGUAUGGUCUAUUGGCUGCAUGCUGUUCGAGUUAGUCACUGGUCAAUGCCUGUUCAUGACCCAUGACAAUCUCGAACACCUUGCAAUGAUGGAGCGAGUAUUAGGUCCACUACCGAAGAACAUGGUGAGGACCACUAGGCGCCGUAGGUAUUUCCGUCACGGUCGCUUAGACUGGUCCAGCGAUUCCUCCGAUGCGCGUCACGUUCGGAAGACGUUGAAACCCCUUGGUGACUAUUGGUUUUCCAGCGAAGAUUUACACGUGCGCCUGGCUUUUGAUUUGACCCGUGAGAUGUUACUUUAUAACCCCUCAGACCCGGGAAUUUCUGAGAAACUAUCCAUGCAUCUAUUUUUCUCGUUCCUUCCUUUCGUCUGA